AUGCAGCGUAUUCGAUGGCCCAAGACGCUCUCGCCUUUUUCUGGCUCAGAUUCCGACUCAGACGGGCAGGUCGACCGACGUAGCACACGAAAUGGACGUAAUCUUCACAUAGCCAUCCCCAACAAUGAUUCAAACCCGUCCAAAGCAAUAGGUGCACCCAUUAUGGCGGUCUACCUCUUCUGCACUGGUGACCAGCCCAGCAAUGGGUACAGCAACCGUCUCCCCUCGGAUCCCAUCUUUUCCUCGACGCCGCUCCCAAUCAGCGUCCUUUUAGGGGUUCCUUUACUCAUGCGCCGGCUACUUGCCAAACCUGCGCCCUCUUCUCCGCAUUUCGAGAACCCACUCGCCUCCCAACUUCAAAUUGAUCCGGCAGAGUCCACCAAUCAGUCGCCACGUGGAAGCACACUUGGCACCGUCCUUAUUGUUCGCGCAGAUAAAGAACCACUGCAAAAGGAACUCGUCGAUCGCAUCUGUGCUUACCAUGCCAAAUUGCUCAGUCUCGCUCAACAGCGCGGCCCCGGCGGCAUGACCGAGGUAGUCAAAACCAUGGCCACCCCAGAGAAAUUCCUUGCUUUUUGCAUGGAAUCUUUCCAGUCUGGAAGCGGAAAUAUUGCGAAUAGCGUCCACGAGAUGCUCGGUGGGUCCUGGCUUGAUCUCCAGCGGCCCAUGGCGUCGGUUUAA